CUUAGUCGCUGAAGUCACCAGAAUUUGUGUAUAUUUUCUCUCUCGAAAAUGAUCUCAACUUUUAUGGCCUAUUCGUGCCAUUCAUUCAUCGAUAAUAAUAAUAAAAGUUUUUGUUUUUGUUGUUUUUCAGCCAUAAAUGUUUGUGUCUCCAAAAUCCAUAUCUCAUAAGUGCUGAGAGAGACAAAAACCUCCGCAAUAUCUACAUUAAGGUCUCAGAUCGUCGUGUAAUGCCAUCGAGUUUUGGUAAGAAUUAUUGGAUUCAUCGAUGUGUCGGAUGUUUGGCUGCCUGCGCCAUUGCCUCAUCAUAUGUGCUACUGAACCGGAAAGUGUGUCAAACGCCAAUCGUGUCGCAGGAGGACAUGAAGUGGUUGUCCACGAGGUUGACCACCCUGGCCGACUACAAACACUUUGCCACCCAUUACUACGACUGGCUCCAGAUCUACCACUGCAUCACGUUUGGCUGGUGUAUAGUCGUCAUCAUACUGGCCGUCAUUAAUAUCGUACCCUCCCAUCAAGACUUCAAAGUUCUGGUCAUAUGUUUACAAAUCCUGUUGAUGGCAUCGAUGGCUAUGUUCACGAUGUAUACGGCAUUCGACGCCUUCCACAAGCCGUGUAAGCCAUCGACGAAUCCGGAGGAAUACAAACUGUCUGUGAGGUCACCGAAAGACAUGCGACCCGUCAAUGUCUACGAGGACGACGACGACCCCCUGCUCCACAUCUGUCUGAUCGACGCCGGCGUCGGAUUCAUACUUCUCUGCUCCGCAUUCCUCUUCUUCUUCGACUCGCGACAGCAUAUGAUUGAGUGGCGGAACUGAUCCAUAGGUUCAGUGAUCAUCAACUGACCCAUAGGUCCAGUGAUCAUUAACUCAUCCAUAGAUCCAGUAAUCAUCACUGAAUCCAUAGAUUUCCAGUGAUCACCAACUGGUCCAUAGAUCCAGUGAUCAUCAACUGAUCCAGUGGUCACUCAAUCGUACCAUUGGUUCGUCAAUUCGCUAACCCUUUGGUAGAUCCGGCGAUCAACUGAUCCGCACCA